AUGGGUAAUUGGUGGGAGGAGGAAACGCGUUCCAAGCAAGAUGCGUCAGUAUAUUUGUCCUUAUAUAAGCAAUUCCUAACCGAGUCACCAACAAUCGAUUGGUCUAAAAUGCAACCGUUGAAGAAGCAUGCUCACUAUGAAGACUUAAUGUCAUGCAGUGAUUCGAAUGAAUUGAGCAACUUAUUAAAGCAUUUGUGCGUCAUUAAACUGAACGGUGGCCUGGGCACUACGAUGGGUUGUAAAUCGCCGAAAUCAUUGAUCACCGUUAGAGAUGGCCUAACUUUUCUCGAUUUUGCUAUUCAGCAAAAUAAGGUUUUCAUUUUCUCUCAUCAACUAAGCACUAUAAUUUAUUAUCAUUCAUAA